AUGUCGUUAGAAUACGCUCGCGUUGGUAAUAUUGAAGAUAUCACGUCAAUCGGUUCAACCACCAGCUUUCUACAGGCCACAGCAGCUGAGGUUAGAUCAACACGAGUAAACUGGCAAUCUUACCUUCAAGGACAAAUAAUUAAUGAUGAGCAGUAUUCAUUCAUAACACGACUUGAUAAUGCUCCCACUGCGGAAGCACGAAAUCAUGUAAUAAGGGCUGAUGAAAACAUGACCGCUAGGGUUUUUAUAUUUAUCCUAAAUAAAAUCUCAAAAGAACAAACAUUACGAUAUAUCCUUACACUUAUUGAUGAUAUGCUUCAGGAAGACAAAUUACGUGUUGAAAUCUUUCGUGAUUACUUCUCCAAAUCAAAAGAAUCACUUUGGUCUCAUUUUUUCGGAUUUUUCCAAAGAGGGGAUCCUUUCUGUAUGUACCAAGCUUCCCGGAUAAUUGCAAAGUUUGCAUGUUGGUCUUCCCAACUUAUGGAGGAAAAUGACUUGAUUUAUUAUUUAAAUUGGCUACGUGAACAACUGACAAUAACCAAUAAUCAGUAUGAUCAAACUGUGGCUCGAAAUCUUCAAAUGAUGCUUCGUAUCAGAGAGUACCGUGCUCAAUUCGCUAAAGUCGGAGGAAUCGAGACCAUUGGAGAUGUUUUACAAGAAAAAUCAACUAGUCGUCAGUUACAAUAUCAGUUAAUUUUUUGCUUAUGGUGUAUGAGUUUUGAUUCAAUUCAUGUAACUGAUAUAUGUAAGAAUUCUGCAUUAUUGGCUACUGUAGCUGAUAUUUUCCUUGAAGCAGAUCGAGAAAAAAUCACUAGAAUUUCAUUGGCAUUCUUUCGUAGUAUUUUAGAAAAAUUACCUACAAACGCUGAACAAAGAGAUUGUGGUUUACGCUUAGUUCAAUAUAAAGUUUUAAAAGAAUUAGAAUUGCUUAAUCAAAAAGAUUUUAGUCAUGAUCCUGAACUAACUGAAGAUAUUGCAUUCUUAAAUGAGAAAUUGUCGGCUAGUAUUCAAGAUGUAAGUAGUCUUGACGAAUAUAUGGCUGAAUUAAAAUCUGGUCGAUUAGAAUGGUCACCUGUUCAUAAAUCAGAAAAGUUUUGGUAUGAAAAUGCAGUAAAAUUUACAGAUAAUAAUUAUGAAAUGUUAAAAAUGUUAGUACGACUAGUCGAACUGGGUACUGAUCCAUUAACAUUAUCUGUGGCUGUACACGAUAUUGGAGAGUUUGUAAGACACUAUCCACGUGGUAAACAAAUAAUUGAAACACUUGGCGGUAAACAGUUAGUGAUGGCUUUACUACAGCAUGAUGAUCCAAAUGUUCGUUAUAAUGCACUAGUUUCAUUACAAAAGAUAAUGGUACAUAAUUGGGAAUAUUUGGGUAAACAAUUGGAUUCAGUUCAAAGUACUGAUGUGAAAUCAACUGGAGUAAAAGUUAAGUAGUAGUGGAUAGCAGUAGUAUUAUUAGUAGUAAUGAGAAAAACUAUAAAAAAACACCUUUCAAUUACCUUCAAAUGAUCUAAUGAAACUUAAUCCAAUGUAAUUAAUCAAUAAGUGAGUGAUUUUUCAUGAACAAUUAACAAAGAAACAUACAUAUAUAUUUAUCCAUUUAUUUUUCAAUCAAUCAUUAUUUACUGUUGUUACCA